AUGAUUAAAAUAUUUCGAGAUAUGUUUGCUAGACCUGUACAUGUUUUCAAAAAAAACAGUUUUCAUAAAACAUUUUGUCACCCAAGUCAAGAUUCAAAACCUUACAACGACGUCUAUUCAUUUGUUCAGUCAACAAAAAUACGAAAACUAUUUUUAACAGACUUCAAAAAGGACUGGUGUCCUAGAAAACUAAAAUCAACCCCCAAAAUCGAACAACUGUCUCUGUAUGCUAGAUGUAGUGUUGGCCAGUCAACAACAACUACCAAGGAAAACAACAACAACCAAGGAAACAACAACCACCAAGGAAAACAACAACAACCAAGACAACAACAACAACCAAGGAAACAACAACCACCAAGGAAACAACAACCACCAAGGAAACAACAACAACCAAGGAAACAACAACCACCAAGGAAACAACAACAACCAAGUAAACAACAACCACCAAGAAAACAACAACCACCAAGGAGACGACAACAACCAAGAAAACAACAACCACCAAGGAAACAACAACCACCAAGGAAACAACAACAACCAAGGAAACAACAACAACCAAGGAAACAACAACCACCUAGGAAAACAACAACCACAAAGGAAACAACAACCACCAAGGAAACUACAACCACCAAGGAAACAACAACAACCAAGGAAACUACAACCACCUAG